AUGCUUUCCGAUCCGGAGUUCCGAGAGUUGGUAACAUUACCUCUUCCAGCGUCUGCCCUUAGAGAACUUACAAAAGCUGGAUAUACUAAUGUUGGCGAAGUUAGCGGGUUGACUGUCGAACAAGUUGCAUCCAUCUUAUUGGUGCAUUGUAGUUUCGAUGAUCUCAUGGAUGGUGGAUUUCCUUGUGGCCGAAUAAGCGAACUUUGUGGUCAACCUGGGGUUGGAAAGACCCAGUUUUGCCUCCAGUCCUGCUUGACCGUCCAAGUACCCCAAUGGUGUGGUGGGUUAGGUGGAGAAGCCAUUUUCCUCGACACUGAAGGGAACUUUAUGCCCAAGCGUCUGCGCCAAAUGGCCGUAGACCUGGUCGAACAUUUCAACUCUAAUAUAGUUCCCCACCUCCAUAAGCAUAUUAAUUCGCUUGGUAAUAGCAGCGAGGAUUUAGAAGAAAAAAUGGCUUGCAAAGAGGUACUUUCUAAUCUUCCAACGGAGGAGAGUCUUUUGAGUAAAGUUCAUUAUAUCCGAUGCACAGAUUACCUUCAGCUGCUGGCAGCCGUUCGUAGACUGAACGAAUUUUGUAAAUACCACCCAAAUGCAAGUGUUCAAUGCACAAGACUUGUCGUUGUGGAUAGUAUAGCUCUUCCCUUCCGAUAUGAAUUUGACGAUAUUCCCCAACGAAACCGUCUCUUGGCUUCUCUUUCUCAAUCCUUGCUCUUAAUUGCCGGCUCCCAAAAUGCUGCUGUAUUUUAUGUCUGA